GUUUUAUAUAUUACUAAUAGUUGGAUUGCUAUAUUUUGUUUGAUCUUAUUUGCUGUAGGUUUAACUUUGUGUUGCAGUGACUGUGUACAUAUGUGUGUUCAGCCUCUUUAAUUUAAGGACAAAUAUUCUAUAUUGACGGUCAACUUUCACUGAUAAAUGAAGACCAACAUUUCUGCUCCAUGGCGUGCUCAGAUUGUAAAUUGCCAUUUUUAAGAACUACUACACCAAGGCCAAUCUAUUGCAUCCAAUGUGGAAGAUCCACCCAACUUAUUCCCAGAAUCCAAUUUGAAGUUAUGGUCAUGGAUCACACUGGUAGCACAGUAGCCUCCAUCUCGAAUCAAUCAGCAACGAAGAUGUUGAACCUCACUGUACAAGAGAUUUAUGACAUCUGCCAUGCACAGAGAAAAGCGCUGCUUCUUGACAAUGCACAUAAACAAUUGGGACGAAAGACUUUCAGAAUCCAAAUGAAAAGAUUAUUUUCCAAAAAUCAAGAUAGGCUAGCUAUCAUGAAUUAUGAGGAAAAAGAACUUAUAAACCAACCAUCACCAACUGCACCAAUGACCAGCACUGCUGAAACAAGCAAGCGCAAGGCUAUGGAGAUUAGCUUUGACCGAACGAAUCAGCAGAACCUGCCCAAAGACACACCUUCCAGCACUAGACAGAAAACAGAAACCAAGACUCCUCUCAAAAAGGAGUGAAAGCUACUGGAAAUGUUUUGCCAACAAGUUUUUGGAGCACAUCUUUUUGUCAAUGCACUGUCAAGCUACUAUCUUUUUGCUUCAAGACUGCCUUUUUGAAAAGCUACAUUACAACCAUAUGUGACGCCCCCUGCUUUAAAAAGGUACAUGACACAACUAGCUGAAUUGCACUACUACUACACUCUCUACAUCCAUCACUUGAAAACGUGCAUUAAUUUUAACAACAAAUUUCUACAGGUAUUUUGUCAACCAUGGCGUUGCACAAC